GCGAAUUUCACUGGAGCAUUUCCCUAACUUUUUGAGCUGGGUCAUUUCGGGCUAUGUGUCGCUGAAACGUAUCGAUUCGUACCUUGCGAUGCCUCAGGCCCAUGACCUUGAAGAGCGGAUCUGUCGAGUAGAUGGCAGUAGUGAUAUGCUAGGAUUUGUCAAGGCUAGUCUAGUCUGGGACACACAUGGGAAAGACAGCUCAACUAAUUCGGACGAUGAUACUGGGUAUAUGACGAAGGUCGACAAGAACACACCACUGAUAUCAGACGCUUCGACCCGUUCAGAUGCUUCAUUGGACAGCCAGCAGGAGCAGCCAGAUAAGGUUGCAUUCAGGUUCAAGGACAUCGAUAUUCGCUUCCCUGCCGACGGGCUAUCGGUCAUUGCUGGUCCGACGGGCAGUGGCUAGUCAUCGCUACUGUCAGCACUCAUUGGCGAGAUGACAUUGAUCAGCGGGUCUAUUCAGCUGCCAACUGUCAAUGCCGAUCAGAGCAUCGCUUCGAACUAGGACUACCAAGACGUUAUCAAGCUGUCACA